CGGCUGCCGCGGCGGCGAGGAGAGCGGCGGCGGCGGGGCCGGGCGGGCGGCAGGAAUGCGGAACCGGCGCGCGGGCUGAGCCGCCCAGGAUGGCGCAGGGGCGGCGGCAGCGGGCGGCCUGCGUGGGGCCCUAGUGCGGCGGAGCGGGCGCUCCCCACCCGGCGUCGCGGCCAUGGCCAAGGAGCGGCGGAAGGCCGUGCUCGAGCUGCUGCAGCGGCCGGGGAACGCGCGCUGCGCCGACUGCGGCGCCCCGGAUCCUGACUGGGCCUCAUACACCCUGGGGGUGUUCAUCUGUCUGAGCUGCUCUGGGAUUCACCGGAACAUCCCCCAUGUCAGCAAGGUGAAGUCCGUGCGCCUGGACACCUGGGAAGAUGUGCAAGUGGAGUUCAUGGCCUCCCGUGGGAACGCCAUCGCCAGAGCCACGUUUGAGUCCAGAGUGCCCCCCUUCUAUUACCGGCCCUCGGCCUCCGACUGCCAACUCCUGCGGGAGCAGUGGAUCCGGGCCAAGUAUGAGCGGCAGGAGUUCGCCCACCCCGAGCGGCAGGAGCCCUACUCUGCAGGGUACCGAGAAGGCUUUCUCUGGAAACGCGGCCGGGACAACGGGCAGUUCCUAAGCCGGAAGUUCGUGCUGACGGAGCGUGAGGGGGCCCUGAAGUACUUCAACAGGAGUGAUGCCAAGGAGCCCAAGGCCGUCAUGAAGAUCGAGCACCUGAACGCCACUUUCCAGCCGGCCAAGAUCGGCCACCCGCACGGCCUGCAGGUCACCUACCUGAAGGACAACAGCACUCGCAACAUCUUCGUCUACCACGAGGACGGGAAGGAGAUGGUGGACUGGUUCAACGCACUGCGCGCCGCCCGCUUCCACUACCUGCAGGUGGCCUUCCCGGGGGCCAGCGACGCCGACCUGGUGCCGAAGCUGUCCAGGAACUACCUUCAGGAGGGCUACAUGGAGAAGACGGGGCCCAAGCAGACAGAAGGCUUCCGCAAGCGCUGGUUUACCAUGGACGACCGCAGGCUCAUGUACUUCAAGGACCCGCUGGCAGGAGCAGCCGCCCCGUGCAGCACCCCGGUGCCCCCCAGGACGCCUUCGCCCGCGGGGAAGUCUUCAUCGGCAGCAGAGAGAGCGGCUACACGGUGCUGGCCGGGCUCCCGCCGUCCACCCAGGGCCACCACUGGCCACACGGGAUCACCGUUGUCACGCCAGAGCGCCGGUUUCUGCUGGCCUGCGAGACGGAGUCGGAGCAGCGGGCGUGGAUGGAGGCGCUCCGGAAGGUGGUGGACAGGCCCAUGCUGCCCCAAGAGUACGCAGUGGAAGCCCACUUCAAGCACAAGCCCUAGCACGAGAAGGUCCCGGAGGCCCGAGGACUCUGGACUGCCCAGACGUGGCUGCAGGAGGCCGCGGCUAACGGGGCCUGAGCUUCAGCCAUGAGCACCUGUGUCUCUGGAACCCCUUCGUGGGCUGGCCCACCCCCCAUGGGACGCCCACAGCUCCCCCCACUGACCUCUGCCCGCCAGACCCCCAUUCCUCUGAGGACCAGCCCCCAGCUGCCACUGCCCACCUGAGCGGGAAUCCCCCCCCAGGUAGCUGGGCUGUGGGGACAGAGCCGGCCUGCAUGCCCCCUCCCAACACGUAUUUAUUGAAACCCGCCAUGUCUGUCCUGGGGGCCUGGGGGCCAGAGCGGCAGACGUGGACCCCAUGCUCAGUGAGCUGACCCACACGGAUGAGUGGGUCUGGGGGGUUGGGCCCCCAUAGCAGGAGCCCCAGGGCCUCAGGCCUCAGGCCUGGCUGCCCCUGGGCGCCUGCCACGCCGGCUCAGGACUCCGCGCUGACCGUGACCCCCCGUCUCUGCCUGCCCUGUCUCUGACCCCUCAGAGGAUGGAGCCUGGGCCGAGCUCACAUCUGCAGCCCAGCAUGCUGCCGGACAGUGGUAACCGCCCCAAGCCUCCCUGUGUGCCCGGGGUGGGGGGGGGCAGGGCCGUGGUGGAGCAGGACGUGUGUGGGGGUCACCGGCAGGUCAUCUGGGUGCUGUCCUGUGUGGCCAUGACAUGCUCCCAGGGGACCUGGACCAGCUGCUGGGACCGAGAGGAGGGCAGCGGGCCUAGGCCUGGCCUGUGGGCCCACAGCCAGGGACGGGGACAGGCGCCCUCCUGUGAGCCUGUCCGCCCUCGCACCUGCGCGAGCACCCACAGUGCAGACUCGUCACAAACCUGGGCCCUGGGCAGGGGCUGCAGGGUCCAGCAGGCAGCACAAGCCCCCUUCACCGGGGCCACUGCCAGGGCUUGCCAGGUCAGGGGUCACCAAGAUGGCUGGGCGAGGUGAGGACCGCUGUGAGGUCACCCAGGGCCAGAGCUCUGUCUCCCCAGACCCCUGGCGGCUCCUCCAGUCCAGGUCCCGGGGCGCCCAGGUCCUCAACUUCAGAGCAGGCAGGAGGGCUCUGCACACCUGUGUCUGUAUGUGUGUACACCCACAUGCUCUGCCAGAAAGCUCUAGAAAAGAACAGCUGCAUGACCAGCCAGCAGGGAGAAUUUCUCAGAAAAGGCAGAACCCACGUGGCGGUGCGGAGUCAGAGGCACGCAGCCCGCACGCAAGCAUCACAGCAUAUCUUGCUCGGAUGAGACCAGGGCUCAGGGCACCCAGCCCCACCGGCCGCUCACCUGUCCGCAGAUUUAAGUACAACACUGUUUAUACCUAAAACCAUGACACUCUACCAACACUGGCCACUUGGUGCCACCCACCAAGGACACACUCCAGACAGAGCUGGAAAAACACUGGUCCCAGCGCCCGCGGGCCUCACGGGGCAUCCAGGCCGCUUCUCCCCGCCCACACCCGGCCCCAGGAGCUCCCUCAGAAAGGACCACUGCUGCUGAGCCCAGUAUAAAGGAUUUAUUUAAACUCAACAAUGAACACAAACCUUCCUUUAAAUUCCAUUUUUACAGUAAAUAAAAUUGUGUACUGCGUUCCUUCCCA